CUCUAGCAUCUAGACUUCUUUGUUUAUCCUCGUUUUCCAUUUCUGGGAAUUCUGUGUUGUGUUGAUAAAAAUGUUCAAAUUCGAAAGUUAUUAUCGAAACUCACUCUCAUUAUGAUAAAAAGGCCUAAAUGUUUACACUGAUGAUAAAUACCAACGAUUAAUAGAUAACAUUAUGUUGUUUUACCAUAGAAGUAUAGAAUUCGCUAUUGUGAAUGGACGAUAAAAGAUUGAGACAUAUGGGUGCUAUUCAGAUUAAGCCGAAAUACGACUGGAAGAAAUACAAAUUUGUGUCAGAAUUGGGUGAUGGCGCUUUUGGUAAAGUGUUUUUGGUGAACAGUUGUGAAGACAGAAAGAAUUAUGCUUUGAAGAAGAUAAAAUGUGAAACGAAUGAUGAUCUUGAACAUGUGACGGAAGAGUUGAAAGCGAUGAGUCGACUGGAACAUCCAAACAUUGUGAAAAUAGUAGAGACAGUUUGUAAGCAGCGAGACGAUUUCUUGGCAGAUAUCUACAUCAUUCUUGAGUACUGUUCUAAAGGAACUUUAACUCAAAGAUUGUCAAAACCGUACAAUGAAGCCAAACAAAUUAAAUGGUUGAAACAACUGUCUGAGGCCGUUGCAUACAUUCAUGCCUUAAGUCUAGUGCAUCGUGAUUUGAAACCAGAUAAUAUUCUGUUCAGUGCUAACGAUAAUGUUAAAGUGGGGGACUUUGGCCUUGCACGAGAUUUUGUUUCCGCAAAACGCGAAGAUGAAACAUGGUUGAAUUACUAUAUGAACAGUUUUUGUGGUACGAUAUUCUACAUGGCUCCAGAGGUAUUCGAUGGUCAUUACAACGAAAAGGCAGACGUAUUUGCUUUAGGUUUGUUGAUGUACGUCAUAGCUGAACGAAUAUACAAUUACAUCGAAGGCAAACUUUGUUAUGGUUUGUUUCUCAGACUUGACGAUGGAACAUGGACUCCUCUGGGUUUGCAAAUGUAUAUUGAUAAAAAAGGACUUCAUGAUCAAUUUUCCUUUAAAAAAUGCUCUUCGCGUGUUGCUCGAAUCAUCGAGUCAGCACUUGUUUAUAAUCAAAAUGACCGCAGUGAUGCAGCAUCUCUUCAUGGAAAAAUGAAAGAUAUUCAGUGGAUUUGAAAACCUCAUCAGCCAAUAAAUAGUACCACAAAAAAAAGAUGUCCAACAAAAAAAACGAUAAUCACUCAGCUUUAAUUGCUGGGAUAUUGAAAUUGAUUAAAACUGACCUCAUAAAAUAGUAACUGCCUGGAUAUAGCUCAUUGAUUAUUGUAUUGAAGAUUGGAAUGCAACACAAGAGUUAGUCAACGAUCUUCAAGGAUGUAAUUUUACGGGAAGAUACGCAUGCACUAAUAGCUAUAUAUUAUGAUUUUUUAACGAAUAUACCUAUACUAUAAUACAGUUGAACGUAAUUUGCCGCUAUUAAAUAUAUGUAAGGCCCGUUUUAAACGUCGUAUUUCACACGAACUGUAUGCAUUCAAAAUAAAAUAUAUUGAGAAAUUUCAUCUCAUUAUCAUUUAUUUUUAACGCAUUCAGCACAGGUAAAGUUCGACGUCUCAAACGGGUCCAAGACGUAAUAAGCAUUUCCAACCAUUCUAAUGCUUGUCUUUUUUACUUAAAUGACAAGAUAAUAGUGUCUAAAAAGCGACUAUAAAGUCGCUUUUUUCACAUCGCCAGUAUAAUGUUUUGCGCUAAGAUUUCCAAAAAAUUCAGUAUUCCUUGAAACAUCUUUUUAAACGAAACCAUUAAUUCUUGUUUUUAGAGGGCAAGCCCCCACAACCAUUUCAGGAAUUAUCCCCUUAGUAAGGAUUACCGACUUGUUUGGCUUUAUAUGUUCAGUGAUUGCUAUGACGUAUUUACGUUAAAUUACUUAUCCAAAUGGUGUAAAUGUUUCAUGUAAAAAGAAUAUCUCAUACUUUCA